AUGGCGAAGGCAGACGGGAUGCUCUGUGCCCUCCUCCUCCUCCUCGUGCUGUGCUGCCAGAGCUUGGCUCAGAGAGCCCCAGCUGUGCCGGACAAGUGCUGCUUCAACUUCCAGAUGAGAAGGAUCAAGAGAGACAACGUCAUUGCCUGCUACCCCACCAGCCCCGAGUGCCCGCACCAGGCUGUGAUCUUCAGGGUGAGGAGCGGGAAGGAGAUCUGCGCCCAGGCGAGUAGGGCCUGGGUGAAGAGGUACCAGCAGAGCUUCCAAGUCAACUCCUACUCCAUCCCCAGCUAG